GCAUGAUGAAGCUAACAGUGACAUGUGAAAUUCGUUUCCUUGUGUCACUGCUAUUAAAUAAACAGCUGAAAUGCUGGGCCAAACUUCUUAAUUUUAAUAAUGAUACACAAUCGUUGUCCUAAAUGCUGGAGGUGAAAGGGGUCGGUAGUGCAGGAAAAGUGGUGACAACGACCCCAUAGUUCAAGGGUAAUUAAAUUCCUCUAUCCCUAUUCCUAUUUCAUUAGCAUUUCAAGAUUUUUCAUAUGUUAGCAAAGAAGGGUUUUUUUAAUGACGACGAGCGCGAUACUUUAUAGCUUGAAAAUUUGAACCAGGGGUUGAUCUGAAAAUUGGGUGCUAUUAGCUCCAAUUGUAUUUCAGUAAGAUAGUGCAAUGUUCAUAUGGAUUUAUUGCUAACAUUUUAUGCUGCGGCAGCUGUUCUUUUCGUUCUUUUAACUCUUUUUAUGAUCACUUUGCUUACCGUCAGUUGUUUUCAUAUUCUCAGGAAACAUAGACUUGCGUGGAAAAGCUCGGUCAGCUCGUCGAAUCUGGUACCCAGAUCAUUGGAUAUGGCAUUCGAUGGCGUUGUCGAACAGAUUGAUGUGGACAGGAUAAUAAGUCGUCGUCAGGAAAGGAUAGCAGAAUCUGUUGAGAGAACUAAUAAAAAUGAAGAUCGAACACAUCCAUUAGAACAUAUUGAUAAUGAUACAGCCACUGUACUUGCUGUAGAUCAGUUGUUAGAUACUUCAUUUCUUAUAUCCGAUGAGGAACUUGCCUGCUAUGCACCACCUGUUGAUAUGAAAAUUGUUGCUGCUCGUAGAGAUCAUGUUUGAAGGAACGGGUUUUGCUUUAAUGUUUAUAUUCCCAUAAUUUACAAAAACAUGGUAUAUUCAGCUACUUGUUUUAUCUUUUUAUAAUUCAUUGCGAAAACAGUGUUCGGGAAUUUUUUCUGUGGCUCGACAAAUCAUGAAAGAUGUGGACCUAACAAAUAGCACGCUUUUUUCCGGAUUCAGCGGAUCAAAUUUGACUCAUCUUCAAUACGUAGUUAAUUUGCAGCUUUUGCUACUUUACCUAUUCCUUUCAUUUGUUUCUGAAAUAUAUCUCUAAUGAAUCUAUUUGUACUAUGGAAAAAAAUUCUCGAAAUUUUACAAGGUAAGUGCAUAACGCUAUUUGUGAUUUCUCGAUCUCUCUUUGGUCGAUGAAUGUUAUAGAUAUCGCCACAAAACUUUCCCUUACUGUGUUGUGUUGUUUUUAAACAUUUCGAUAGUUUCGUUUCAGAAAUCUUCGUUCGAAUGUCAAUCAUGAUCAUCUGUUUCUAACUGCUUAGUCGGUGAAUACUUCUGUCGUUAAUUUUAGAUUAAAUUCGACUGUUGUUGGUUUUAUGAAGUUGGACUUGGGAAAUUCAUUGUAGUAUGGGGUAAAUGCUACUGGGUAGUGCCUAAAUACGACAGGGCGCACUUAUGUUCUAAUGUCUGAGAAAUAUUGUUACGGAUAGUUAAGAUAAGAGGUGACAGACUGCUCAACAUAUGAGUUAUGAGUUAGACUUGAAGUAGUUCGGCUAGGAAAUCCAAUAAAUUCUUGUUUGGCCGUAUCCGGUGUGUGAUUCUGGUUAAUUCUGGUGUUAUGCACUGUUAGAUUUACCGGAAUGAGCAGACUGAAGGAAUUUUAAAAACUUUACGUGCAAGCGUUAUCAACAGAAUUAGUUACACUUUUUGAUGAUAGCUAUGCAGUGCAUAUGUUCUGAGAAUUUUUCUAAAUAUUCAUAAAUGAGGUUGACAUAUUCAAAUAUAAAAAAUCAGUGACUUUGCGCUAUCUCACGUAAAUGUAGUAAAUCUUUUUGAUAAAAUUUCA